CUCUUCCUGUUCCCGCACGCCCCGGAGCGGGCGCUCUCGGCGGUGCCAUCCCCCGACCCUUCACCCCAGGGACUGGGCGCCCGCACUGGCGCAGCUCGCGGAGCGGGGGCCGGUCUCCUGCUCGCCUGGCGCGCCUCCAUGUCGGAUAACCAGAGCUGGAACUCGUCGGGCUCGGAGGAGGAUCCGGAGACGGAGUCCGGGCCGCCCGUGGAGCGCUGCGGGGUCCUCAGCAAGUGGACAAACUAUAUUCAUGGGUGGCAGGAUCGUUGGGUAGUCUUGAAAAAUAAUACUUUGAGUUACUACAAAUCUGAAGAUGAGACAGAAUACGGCUGCAGGGGAUCCAUCUGUCUUAGCAAGGCUGUGAUCACACCUCAUGACUUUGAUGAAUGUCGGUUUGACAUCAGUGUUAAUGAUAGUGUUUGGUAUCUUCGUGCUCAGGACCCAGAUCACAGACAGCAGUGGAUAGAUGCCAUUGAACAGCACAAGACUGAAUCAGGAUAUGGAUCUGAGUCCAGCUUGCGUAGACAUGGCUCAAUGGUGUCACUGGUGUCUGGAGCAAGUGGCUAUUCUGCUACAUCCACAUCUUCAUUCAAGAAAGGACACAGUUUACGGGAGAAAUUGGCUGAAAUGGAAACUUUUAGAGACAUCUUAUGUAGACAAGUUGAUACUCUCCAAAAGUACUUUGAUGUCUGCGCUGAUGCUGUCUCCAAGGAUGAACUUCAAAGGGAUAAAGUGGUAGAAGAUGAUGAGGAUGACUUCCCUACAACUCGUUCUGAUGGAGAUUUCUUGCACAAUACCAAUGGUAAUAAGGAAAAAUUGUUUCCACAUGUAACCCCCAAAGGAAUUAAUGGUAUAGACUUUAAAGGGGAAGCGAUAACUUUUAAAGCAACUACUGCUGGAAUCCUUGCUACACUUUCUCAUUGUAUUGAAUUAAUGGUAAAACGGGAAGAGAGCUGGCAAAAAAGACACGAUAAGGAAAUGGAGAAGAGAAGACGAUUAGAGGAAGCAUACAAGAAUGCAAUGGCAGAACUUAAGAAGAAACCCCGUUUUGGAGGGCCUGAUUAUGAAGAAGGUCCGAACAGUCUGAUUAACGAGGAGGAGUUCUUUGAUGCUGUUGAAGCUGCUCUUGACAGACAAGAUAAAAUAGAGGAACAGUCACAGAGCGAGAAGGUCAGGUUACACUGGCCUACACCUUUGCCAUCUGGAGAUGCCUUUUCUUCUGUUGGAACCCAUAGAUUUGUACAAAAGCCCUAUAGUCGCUCUUCCUCCAUGUCUUCCAUUGAUCUAGUCAGUGCCUCUGACGAUGUUCACAGAUUCAGCUCCCAGGUUGAAGAGAUGGUACAGAACCACAUGACUUAUUCAUUACAGGAUGUAGGUGGUGAUGCGAAUUGGCAACUGGUUGUAGAAGAAGGAGAAAUGAAGGUAUACAGAAGAGAAGUCGAAGAAAAUGGAAUUGUUCUGGAUCCUCUGAAAGCUACCCAUGCAGUUAAAGGUGUUACCGGACACGAGGUCUGCAAUUACUUUUGGAGUGUUGAUGUUCGCAAUGACUGGGAAACUACUAUAGAAAACUUCCAUGUGGUGGAAACAUUAGCUGAUAAUGCAAUCAUCAUUUAUCAAACGCACAAGAGAGUGUGGCCUGCUUCUCAGAGAGACGUGCUCUAUCUUUCUGCUAUUCGAAAGAUCCCAGCCUUGACUGAGAAUGACCCUGAGACUUGGAUAGUUUGUAAUUUUUCUGUGGAUCAUGACAGCGCUCCUCUGAACAAUCGAUGUGUCCGUGCCAAAAUCAACGUUGCUAUGAUUUGUCAGACUUUAGUAAGCCCACCAGAGGGAAGCCAGGAGAUCAGCAGAGACAACGUUCUGUGCAAGAUCACAUACGUAGCUAAUGUGAACCCAGGAGGAUGGGCACCAGCCUCAGUGUUAAGAGCAGUGGCAAAACGAGAAUAUCCUAAAUUUCUAAAGCGUUUUACUUCUUACGUCCAAGAAAAGACUGCAGGAAAACCAAUUUUGUUUUAGUAUGUACAGUGACUGAAGCAAGGCUGUGUGACAUUCCAUGUUGGAGAAAGAAAGAAGAAAAAUUGAGUUCUCUAAGCUGGAACGCAGGAUCUACAGCCUUGUCUGUGGCCCAAGAAGAAACAUUGCGAUAGUAAAGCUGGGUAUCUAACACUAGCCAUCUCCUGAUAGAUCUCCUCGCUCAGCGUGUAACUAUAAAUACAUGUAAAAUCACAUGUAUAUGGCUAUAUUUUUAUUUGCCUGCUCCUAGGAGAGAAAAAAAAAUUAACUUUGAAUUACAACUAGGAAUUAAUUGCUUUAAUUUUGGGGAACUUUUUCAGAAUUUUUUAUUUACCACGGUUCAGCCUAAGAUCCUCAGUUGUAUCAAGUUUUGUGCACAAAAGAAAAGCACAGAAGUUGAAUGCGCCUGAGGCUUGCGUUCUCUGUGCACCAAAUAUUCAGAUGGGCUUUUUACAGGCCUACAGUCUGCGUCUGUGUCUAGAAGUUUUUGACUUUUUGCUUUGUAUAAUCAUAGAAUCUAUUGCUGCUGAUUUCUAUAAGAAUUCCUGUUGUGUGUCUCUUCAUAAUUGAGGACUGUUGAUAACCUGUGAUUUUUGCCUUUUCUAUUAUCUUACUCCCAUGAAGAACAUUGGUUCUGAUGGAGAAAGAAUGAAAAGCUUUAUUUUCUCCCCCCAGAUAUCUUUAUAUUUUUAUUACAUAUUUUAGUUGUGUACUAUGUGCUACCAACUUUUUUCAGUUUGUUACGAACACAAUUUGGUAAUUCCUAAAUUGGUUCUGCCUGCCUCCAGUCAGAAACAUCUGUACAUCUCUGUGGGUAUAAGUACUUUAUAAUACAAUGGUCAGGAUAAAAUGAGUUCAUAUUUUUCCUGAAAUUUGUAAGAGAAUAUAUGGUAUUACUUGUUAAACCAAAUCAAACUGUUUGAAUUUGACAUUGAUUUAAUAUUUCUAGUAUUCUGUAACAAAUAUGUUAGUUUUUCUAGCUUGGAUCACUUUAAAUGACAUAUCGAAAGGUAUACAUAGAAAAUCUGAGCAAUGCUCCCAUUUGCCUCUUGAUCAUAAAUUUCAGCAGAACAGUACAAUUCCACACUAUUCAAACUGAAGUGCUUUCUUUAGUUGCUAUAAGAAACUAACAUGUAAAAUACCUGACUUAGUUGUAGUCCUCUGUGAAAAACUUUGAAGCAUGGAGUUGAGGCAAGGAAUGGUACUCACUGAAGUUGAGAUGACUGCCCACUUCAUACUCUACAUUGUGUUUACAAGCAGAUGUAUUUAUGUAUAUCAGAGGCAUUUGUAGAUGCUUUGCUGGCGUGUCCCUCUCCUUAGAAACACAAAAAUCAGACCCCUUUUGUAAAGCAGAAAGUCAUGUCAUGUAAAACAUGAUCUGUAUAUAUUCCAUACAUGGAAAUGGGAUCUAAAUGAUAAAUGCAAGGUGUGAUAAUUUAAUGAUGGGAUUAGUCUGAUCAGUUAAUAUGCACAAUCCUGGAAGUGAAUUACUUGCAUCAGAUAGAAUAUUUAUUACUCUGUACAGAGAGAAAAGUACAUAUAAAACAUAGAGCUUACAUGCACGCAGUUUCACGUCCCAUAAAUCUUUUAUAUUUUUUAAUUUACCUUUCUCUAAAUGAUGUGCAUGGAAUAUGCCUUAUUACAGAAAUUCUAUUCAUAAUUUGACUCUGUGGAAAAGUGCCUAUAUGGUGGUAAUGCUAGGAAGGCAAGUAAGACAGAUUAUCAUACCAGUUUACAUCACCAGUUAACAUUUUAUAUUGUGAUGUUUAAAAAAAAGAAAAGUUUAUACCUCAAAUGUGUAUUUUAUUUUACAAUCAGCUAUGGGGUUGGGAUGGAGAACUGGGAGGGUUGGGAGGGAAAGUUUAUUUGCCAUAGGCACUGGCGGGAAUCUUUAAACAAAAGAAAAAACUCUACGCCCACUAUAAAUGUUCCUCUGUUUGCAUCUCUGGUAACAGUAAUGAACCAGACAAGUAACUCUUUCAUAACUAAAUCGGAUAACUUUAUUUACAAAGAUAUGCAAGUUUCUGAAGCAGUGUCUGAUUCUAAUUAUCACCAGUUGCAUUUGCACUAAAUGUGGUGAUAGACUUUUACAAUUUAGUCUGUAAAUAAAAUGUUACACUGAAAAUGUUUAUAUUAAAAAAGAAAAAAAGAAAUGAUACAUUUUACCUUUCAGUAAUUGCACUUAUACUUCAUUGGAGUUAAUCCUGCCCAAUCAGAUUUAGAACUGAGUUCAGAAAUGUGUAAAGUAUUCAAAAAAAGUCCAAGUGAGGAGGAGCACUGGCCAUUUUUUUAUAAUAUUCAGACCCUCAAGAAUUACUUUCAUUUGGCUAAUUCCUAUGUCCUGAAUAGUUAUGGUGUUUCUUCAUACAUGGGUAUUUCUCUUUAUCUAAGCUCCCAUUCCAUGCCCCCCAACAAGCCCCUAUGCUCAAGUCUCCUGAAUUAUUUUGUGCUCUGUUAGACAUCUGAAAAAAUAUUGGUGAUAUGGGGAUAUGUGAGUGAACUGGGUGAGAGAGCAGAGUGUUCGUUCCCCUUGGGAUUGAGGACUCUGUGUCUGAGGUGGAGAGACUUGAUUUGGUGUUGCUACAGGAAGAACAGCAGAGGGAAAAGGGGGUUACCUAAGAGAGAUGUGAGGAGAAAACGAAAAAAAGGAAACAUGGCUUUCUCAAAUCUGUUCGUUUUCAUGACUAAUUUAUACAUCUAUACAAUAUCAGUGUCAGUUGCUACUGAGAAUUUUAGCUGGGCUGGCUGGUUCGCUUGUGAAAUUGUGCCGGUUAUCUUUAAGCUUAUCAGUUAUUUGUCCAAUCAGAUACUUUACCAGUAUUUAGUCCAGGCUGUACAAAUGAUGUAUUUGAAUUGUCAUUGUUCAUCUACAGACUCAAAACAUAAUCAUUUUCAAGUACCUUGGGAGUGUGUAGAGUGUAACUAUAAUAGCUUUAUGAUUCUGAUGAUGUUUUUUAAAAAAAAUAAAAGAUGGAUCUUCCAUGUUACAAUCACAAAAUUAAAACCAGUAUUUAAAAGUGGAGAAGUAUUAAAAUAUUAUGGACAAAUAUG